AAAAGAAGAAAAGAUAUCUGCAUCGGCAAUUGAAAUAUUUCAUCACGUACAUCAUUAUAUAAAUGAACGUGCACGAGAAAAGGAUGACACGAUUCCGGCAUUGCCGGAGCCUCUCAUAAUAUGCGCGGCAUCGGCUAUUAUGAUGCUUGUGACAGGAAUAAUGGAAAUGAAACACGUCGAUAUGUACAUUGACGUUACCGAAUUUACUGAUGAGGAAAUAUUGGAGCAUCCCAUCUUUAUUCAUAAUUUUGUAAUGUGUAUAUUAUCGAUGUUCGUCAUGACUCUGUAUCUGAUUCAAGCGUGGGUUCUCUUUGACCAUUGGCAAUGGAUUCGAGGAGAUACAACAAGUGUAUCAAGUAGUAGUCAAAGUUACGAUUCUAGUGUGGAUAGCGACGUAUCUGAAGAUUCCAUAAAUGGAAAAAACAUUAAUAAACAUAAUGCCAGACAGCAGGUUGUGGAACUGGCACCGAUUCCCUCUUUGAGAGAUUUGUCUGUCUCCGCUCCGAUCAACGAUAGUACUGAGGCUUUAGAGGAUGACGAACCAAUUUUAUAUUGUUGUUGUAUCGAUUGGUGCGAUUAUAUUAAAAUAAAAAUGAAAAGUAGACCAAAGCAUGAGUUUCAAGUUAUUCACGUCAUGUGAAAUGAAAGGAAUUUUCAACGAUUAAUUCAACAAAUUGGGAAUAGUGAUUGUGCUGGCAUAUAUUUCUCUUAUCAUUGUCUCAUUUGAAAUACUUCAAACUCAGCAUCUAUUACGCCAUCUUGAGAGAUUGAUAAGUAUCAGUCAGCUGUUCAGCUCUGCGAAUAAAACAGUCAAUUUGUAACAAUACUAAACUGUUUAUAAAAUAAAUGUGUUUUCUCCAA